AUGCCCAACUCUGGUUAUGACAGUAUUGUAUCCAACUCAAGCUACGCAAUCCAUAUGAUUGUUGUAUCCAAUUUGGUUUCGGUUGGACAGAUAUAUCGCAUUAGGGUAUUGAAUAUAAGCCCUGGAUAUAUACACUCACAAAUAAAAUCUUUAUCAUUACAGCUCGUUUGGAUAGAAACACCAACAAAUCCGAUGAUGAAGGUUGCUGACAUUGAAGCAAUUAGCAAGCAAUGUCAAAAGAGGAAUGCCAUUCUUACGGUGGACAAUACGUUCUUAACGCCAUAUUUUCAAAAGCCUUUAGAGCUAGGUGCUGAUUUGGUAUGUUAUUCUUUAACGAAAUAUAUGAACGGCCAUUCUGAUGUCGUUAUGGGAGGAGUAAUUACAAAUUCUGAUGAUUUAUAUAAUCAAUUGAAAUUUUUGCAAAAUGCAACGGGAAUCGUACCAUCUCCCUUUGAUUGCUAUCAGGUGAAUCGUGGUUUAAAAACGCUCUCUUUACGCAUGGAAAAACAUCAAAGAAGUGCAAUUGCUGUAGCAAAGUUUUUGGAAACACAUCCUUUUGUUGAAAAAGUUAUGCAUCCGGGAUUGCCAUCUCAUCCGCAGCAUGAACUCUCUCUUAAGCAAACUUAUGGAUACAGCGGAGUAUUCUCGUUUUACCUUAGAGGCAAUUUAAUGCAUUCUAAAGCUUUCCUUCAAAAUUUAAAAAUAUUCGCGUUAGCUGAAAGUCUAGGCGGUUAUGAAAGCCUGGCAGAACUCCCGGCAAUUAUGACUCAUGCUUCAGUUCCGGAUGAAGAACGGAAAAGAUUGGGGAUUAAUGAUUCACUUAUACGACUUUCGAUUGGAUUAGAAGAUGUUGAGGACUUGAUUGGAGAUAUAGAAAUGUCUUUGCUUAAGGUCAUGUCUAUGUAAUUAUUUUUUUUUAUAAAG